AUGCGGCUGGCAUCAAUGUAUCCGAAAUCAUGUCAAAUUAUGCAGGUGUGAUAAUUCCAAAAUACAGCUUGGAACGUUUCAUGCACUACGAUUUUGAAGACGGAUAGGGUCCAGGUCAUCGAAAUGAGUUGUUCAAUGGUUGAAUUUUGACUUAAGAAUAUUUUAAAAUGUAUAACGAACAUGUCAGUUGAUGAUUUAGCAUUGUUUUGAUAUUUUACAGAACAUUUUUGAAGAUUCUUACAAUUAGAAAGUUUUGAAACUUUUCAUUAACAGCAACUCAAAGAAAUAUGUCGUUUAUCGAUUCAAGAGAAAACAUAAAUGAAGCAGAAGAAAUAUCUAUGUCUUAUUUCACGUUCGAAGACACGGAGAGCUUUGGUGACAGUUUGACAGAACCCACAGCUGAUGCAGAAACACCGGACCUGGAGGCGGAGCCUGAUGGAUGUGACCAACAGAGCACGGAUGACCACACCUACAAUCAAGCACCCCUCAGUUAUGAGCUUCAGCAGGGUCUUAGAAUUCUAAAAGAAUUAAUGUCAGAUUCCAACAAAUCUGUCAACUGGCACUUUCUGGAGCCUGUUGAUGACAGUCACCCAGAAACAGCUGACUAUUAUGGAAAAAUUAAAAAGCCUAUCUGGUUUGGAAAAAUGAAAGAAAAGUUUGACAACAGAGAGUAUGGAUCUAUAACUCAGUUUGUUGGAGAUUUUCGCCAGAUGUUGGAAAACUGUUACAGAUUCAAUGGACCAGAUCAUUUUGUCUCUAAAAGGGCACAGAAGCUAGAAACAAUGAUGGAACAGAAAUUAAAUUUGUUGUCUCGAGACUUAAGAGAGAAGACAAGUAUUUCUGCUACUUCUGGACAACAACAAGAUGAUUCAUUCCCAAUGAUACCAGGUAUGAGACGAAGGUCAAGGGCUGUCAUCCCACAUGAUUCCACAGCUUUGUUAAAUCAGCUCAGAGUAGAGGAACUCCAAAAGGGAAGAGAUGCUAGAAAAAAACAGAUGUUAGACAGGAAGGCUGUUUUGGAAUCUCACAUUCAGGGGAUGAUGGAGUGGGAAGAUAAGUUGAUGGAAGGUCAAAGAGAAAAUGUCAAGGCCAUGUGGGAGUUGCCAUCCAUAGGAUUGCUGUUAUUCCUUUGUCAUUACCCACUAAACAUUGGAGAGGUUGCACAGUUUGAGCUAGAGAGGUGUCUGUUCAUGCCAAGAGAAAGUUCUACUCUACAGAGAGUGAUGACAACCUUACUGAGUACACCAUUCCAAAGACACAAGUUAGACAGAACUGGUAUAAUGCCAUACAGAGUGUGGAAUGAAAAGUUACGAGACAGAAUGGCUCCAUGGUUUAAACUUCUCAAAGACUCACAAGAUCUUUACAAAGUAGCUGACAAAUUUGGUAUAGAUCCAUACCUGUUUCAAGUUGUUGGGAAGAAAAAUCCAUUGAGGAGGAGGAAAUUCCAUGAGCUAAGUUUGUACAAGAAAGUUUGGAUAUUGAAGAGCUUAUGUGACAAUGUGGUGGAAAAUCAAGAAUCGUUAGUAAAAACCAUUGAAUCACAGUAUCCUGAUGAACAGAAGGAAUACAAGCUAGGAGAAGAUGCAGAUGGCAAUACAUAUAUUCAUUUCCCACAAUUCUGUGGAGUUGAUGUCCGUAUCUACAGACAAGCUUACAUUCCCGAACCAGAAUUUGAUGAAACAGAGCAAGAGAUGGAAGAGGAUGAUGUAGAAGAAGAAACAACCAAGUCAGCCAGGAAGAGAAAAUCAGUAUAUAAGAAAGAGAGAAGAGACAGAUCGAAGAGUAAGGAGAAAACACCAAUUCCUAAGAAAAAACCAAAGACUGUGAAAACCUUAGCAUCAGAAAUACCAGCACCAUCUACCAGUCGUCCAAGUAGAUUGAGACAGACACCAAAAACUGUUUUACCUGUAACAACUAAUGAAGAGUCAUCAACUGAUGAAGAUGAAAUUGAAAGUACAGACGAUGAAGCAAGUGAAGGUGAAAGUACAUGUAAGAGUGAGUCGGAAGAACCAGAAGGAUGCACGGAUAGUGGUGUGGAUAAUAAUACUCCUUUUAAAAAUAUUCUCAGGAACCGGAUUAUGGACAGGGAUAAUUUCAGUGAGACUUCCUCAUUAGAUAGUAAUGAUAUAUGGAGUGUUAAACGAACUAGAUCGGGAAGAAUAAGAUAUAAUGGUGCAAUGAGAAUGAAUAAUGACCUUGCAUUAGUGAAUGAAAAUUCUUAUGACCUUGAAAGUACGUUUUCAGAAAAUAGCAAUGCAGGUUCUAUAGAUAUGAAUAAGUUUAAGAAAGGUACAAAAACUAGUCGUACAGAUUUUAACGGGUUAAAUUUGGCAAAGAAUUUCAAUGGUUUAAGUGAAAACGACGAUAGUGAUGUGUGCCAUAAACCUGUUGAUGAAACGGGCGAUUGUUCAUCAUCAAACAGUGAAAUGAUCUCAAAAACUCAAAAUUCAAAUAGUGAAAAUCCAAACAGUAUUUGUUCUAGUACACAAAAUAUAAGUUCCGAGGAGUGUGAUAUUCAAAAACGAGAAACUAGUUGUUUUGAGGGUAGUAAUCAAAAUUACACGACAACAAGACCAGUGGACUUGAAUGAGGAUAGUAGCACUUCAAACGAUUUUUCAGAAAUUGACAGCCAAGAUAGUGCCUUUGAUGGCAAUAAUUCAGAGUAUUCGUCUCAACAUAAAAGUGAUAUUAUGACGCUUAACCGAAUAUUUGAUCAGAAAACGGGUGACAAAAUGUUUGAAGACAGUGACACGAAUUCAUCAUUUAAUGUGAAAUGUGAUAGUCCAUCUGAUCACAGGCAAACUUCUGAUUCUCCUCAACAUCUGGCAGCAAAAACUUCUGCUGAUCAAUCAACUGUGGGCAAUAUCUUGCAAGAAUCUGUCUCAUCUGAGGCUUAUAUUUGUGAAAAGAAUGAAAAAGCAAGGGAAACAACUCCAUGUAAGGAGAUUGAUGAAAAGGAAGUUAUUGUAAGGGAAGCAACUCCGUGUAAAGAAUUAAGUGAUGGUGCUGAUACGGACACUGAGUUUGAUGAGGAAAAGAUGUUAACCGACAAUAAAGAAAAGUUUGAGGAUAAAAGUAAGUUAUUGACAUUAAAGAAAAACACAUCUUGUCAUGCUAGUAUUGAUGGUUUGAACUCUGACACAGAGCAUAAUUCAUUUGAUGAAAGGACUGUAGAGGUUAAAACUGAACCUUGUGAUGUAACUGAAGUUGAAAUAAAAGAGGAGAAUUCAGACAAAUUGGAUGAUGAAUCAAUAGACUUAAAAGUGCAAGAGGAUUCUGAAGAAUUAAAAACUGCGAAAACUGAGGAAUGUUCAAAUUUGCAAAUAAAAAAAGAGAAGGAUGAAAAUGGUCCAGAAGGUAAUCAAGGUAAUGGGGUAACUGAGACAGACAACAUGGUGUCCCUUGUCAAGGAGGAGGUUAAAGAUGAAAUGGAAGAUCAGACAGGAGUGAAAAGAGAAAACAACUUAGAAGAAGAAAAGAAGGAUCAAGCAGAAGUGAAAGAAGAAAUGGAAGAAAUAAAGGAGGAAGUUACAGAAUCAGAUGAUGAAGAGGAUGAAAGUGAUUUGGUCACUGGUCCAGAGAUUGGUCCUUUAGAGUUGAUAGCAGAAAGUGUUGAAGAUCUACGGAAUUUGGUGGAGAAAUUUGCUGAACCAGAACCAUAUACUGUUGGCAGAGGAAAGAAAACAAGGGUUGUUAAACCUCCAGCAAGAAAAAGAUGUGUAGUCCAGUUACAUAACAGAUUGUGCUACCUGCUGAAAGAGUUAGAACCAUGGGAGCAAAAACUCAUUCAAGCCACAAAGAAAGCUAGACUCAAAAUGAAGAAAGAGUAUGAAUGUUAUGAUGAAAAGGAUGAUGAUGGUUGGGAGUCUGAUCACUCAGAAUCAACAAACUCAGCUACCGAAGAUACAGGCAUGGAUGUAGAUUCAGCACAAAAGCCUCGACAACCAAGUAUUCCUAAAGAUUUCUUGAUGUCACAGAAUGAUGAUAGUAGAACAUCGGAAGACUGUGGAGAAUGGGAUAUCAGUUUAAGAGGUAGGAUUAGAAAGAGACGAAUUAUACCGAACAAUGUUGAAGAUCAAGGCUUGUCUAAGAAGCGCAAAACUGAAACCACACCUACUACAACAUCAGCACAAGUGCCAAACAAGUCGGAUCAGAGUUCACCAAACAUGGUUUCCUUGGUGACAAGCAGUGCUAGUCAUUUACUGCUGCACACAUCAGGAGGUCAGACUUACUACACUGGGUUAAAUCAGCAGUCACUUAGCAGUCUCAGAAUGUUAUCACACACUAAGCAAACGGCCCAUCCCAUAAUACAGCAAUUACUACGACAACCAGGGAUGGACUCUCCAAGACCUUUAGCCAGUUCUUCUGUUGAAGAUACCUCUCAAAACAAAUCCGUAGCAUCAAAGAACAUAAAAAAGGCAACUACACCUCAGAAAUUGCCUGUGUCAACACCAAAAGUAGCACAGCCUCCUGGAAAAGUUCAAUACUUUGCUGCUAACAUUAACAGUUUACCUCCAGCUGUCAUUCAGCAGUUGAUAAAGUCAAAUGCUUUGUCUAUACAGGCAGGAAAUAGUCAGCAGGGGAUGAUUUUGUUAACAGCUGUCAAUCCAGCAGAGCCUGGAUGUGCCCCCGGAGCUAAGGCAACACUUACUUUACAAAAUCCAGUGACAGCUAAAACUACCAGUCCGUCUCAACAAACAACAUCUUUAUCACAGACUGUUGCAACAAUAGAUGGAACCUCAGCAAAUAUUGACAAGGUGGCAGCGGUUGUCACAGAAAGUCAAGUUGAGACAAACAAGUUAAUGAAAAAUGUUUUAACUACUGAACAUUCUCAACAGAAGCCAACCAUACCUGUGGCAAAUGCACAGAUGUCUUUGGCCCCAGGGAAAAAUGUGCAACAGAAUAAAUUUGCUAAUUUUGCAAAAACUAUACAUGCCACGCCUGCUACACCACAAUCAGUUGUGUCAACUGUUCAGACUGUCCAGUCUACAACAUUCACUCAACAAAAGCAUGUAGCACCAACUGUUCCCAUAUCAGUGCCAAGGACAUCCCAACCUAAAAUGAUUAUUCAGCAGAGUCCUACAGUACUACCUGUGGCAAAUCAAGGUCUGAGAUUGCAGAAUUUUGGUGGUGUCAAUGUGAUCAAUCCUGGGGGAUAUGUUCUGAAUACUGGACAGAAUCAAGGUGUGGCACUCAAUUUGAACCCUACUCUGAAUAUCGGCAGUCAAGGAACCGUGAACCUUAAUACAGGUCAAAGUGCAAUGAAUAUUGGUGGUCAGGGUUUAACCCUUCAGCAGAUUCAGGCAUUGGCUUUACAAGGUAUUAAUUUGCAGGGAAUAUCUCUACAAGGUUCAAAUAUAAUUGUACAGCCAAAUGCUGGUUUGAGAAUCCAGACACCUGUGAGUGUUCAUGGACAGCAAGUCGUAGUAUCAACAAUUGCAGGAACAGUUCAGAAUGCGGGGACUUUGACAAACUCCAAUUUAGUUUCAGUUCCGGUGCAAGGGACAGUUUUGUCUCAUAAAAUAAAUAGCAGUCCAACCGAUGCUGGCUUAAAUUUAUUAAAUCCAGUAUCUUGUUCAAUUGGAGAAAUUUGUCCACCUAUAAGUCCAGUAAUUGGAUCAGGGCAGGCAAGUAAGGACUUGAAUACCAUAAAUUAUCCAGGAAGUGUUUUGACUGAUUUUCCAAAUUCUCCAAUGUUUGGGCUACAGAUUUCACCUGGGAGAACACAAUGCAAGUAUGCAAGCAAUGUGACAGUGAAAACAUUACUAGAAGCUAGAAAACCGUCUUUUACUGAAACAUCCCCAGAGAACCAUGGAACUAUUGUUGUACAAUCAACCGCAACUGGAAUAAAGAAAUUGAAACUGCCAAGCAAAGCUGCUUUAGAUUCUGCCAUACAAACUGUUGUGACUGAGGUAAAAACAUCUUUACCUACCGCUAACAUUAAAGUGCCGUCCCCGGUGACAAUGCCAUCAAUUCAGCCUAGACGUAACAUUACUAAAACUAUACAAAGUAUGAAAGUUCCUAUUCCAACUACACCAAAAGUAGAAACUAAAUCAAAUGUACCCAUAAAUAUACAGGUGUCGCCACCAAACUAUGUACAGCCUAUGUCUCCUGCUAUUGGACAGUCAAAUAUUACUCUUGGUACACCAGUGCAGUCGGGGCAGCCUAACCUUGCCUUGGCUAGUCCAAUACAAUCUGGGAUUUUGAACAUGAAUCAGGUGAACAAUGCAGGUCAAAUAAUGUUGACAAAUUUUAAAUCAAAUACGAAUAUUCCCACCGGACAGAAUGUUGUUCAAGGUUAUUUGACCCCGCAAGGUCUUAUAAUACCAUCAGCAAAUCUGAAAAACUUUCAAAAUAUGCAGAAAACUGUCAGUUCUAAUGUUAUUGGAAAUUCAUUAACAAGUGUUGAACCUGCAUCUCCUUUAUUAGUAAAUUCUUCUCAGAUUGGGGCAUCAUCAUUAGCAAGUUUGCAGUCAAAUUCUCUGAUCUUUGGUGCAUCUAGUAUAACUGAUAAGAAUGAGUUAAAACAUUUACAAAAUGUGCAAGACUUGCGGAAUAUUGCAGCCAUUAAUUCAAAUAUUAUUCCUCAGAUUGGAUCUCAGCAGUUUGUACAAAAGCCUAUGGGAUUAUCUGUCGCAGGCAAUCAACUUCAGUCUGGAAACUUUGUUUAUCUUUCUCCGUCAGCAAAUGUGCAACAAGGAUCUCAAAUUCUAUUAAACACAAAUCAACCAUUGACAUCAUUUAGUACAUCAGUUAAGCCACAGAUUUCAGCUACUGGUUCUUUGAAUACACAGCCGGGAACAAUUGGUGCAGCUCAAAUUCAGCGUAGUGCAAGUUACGAAUCAAAUGCUGAAAAUUGCGAUCUAAGGCCUGUUAUUUCAUUGCCACUUGGAGCUCAGAAGAAAGACACAACAAAGAGCACAAUCAUGUCAUUGCCUCUUGCUUCAGUUAAGGCUGACUGUGUCACUAGUUCAGUUAGUUCUCUACCAUUAGCUUCUGUGAGAGCUGAAGAUGCAAGUCACAACCUGACAAAAAGUCAAGUUCCCAUGCUAAAUACGUUUGGGAGUAAUGCAACUUUAUUGAGUCACUUGAAUAGUCCUAUAUUAAAAACUAAUGUUAACCAUUUUGCAACUUCUAAAAGUGAUGGAAUGAGACCACCAAGUGCUGUGUCCUCAUCUGUUGGUCAAAAUAAUUUGUCAGAUGGAAAAACCAAUAUUCAGCAGUCAUAUGUCAAAGAGAUGACUCUUGGUCAAAAAUCUGUUCUGUUAAGCCCACAAACCAGACAGGUACCAAUAUUAUUAAAUCAACAGGGAUCCAGUUCGGAAAUUAUGAAACAACUGGCAGCUGCUCAAGUGUUAGGAACACCAGUUAAACAGAUAUCGAAAUUACAAAAUUCCAAUGUAGCUUUAGCCAAUGGUAAUAAACUUGUCAUCCAAGUUCCUGGACAGUCAAAUGUUUCAACACCACAGUAUGAAAAUAAGAGGAUGUUGCAAAUACAAGGACAGAUGCAGAAUAAUACAAGCACAGGGAGUGCUGGUAAAUUGGUCAUACCUGUAUCAAGACCUACAGUUUCUACCCCUGCUCCAACUAAUAUUACAAGUACCAUGUCUGGACUGAAAACAAUUACUUCACUGCCAAAUAAGGUAAUGAUACAGGUACCCGGACAGCCCCAGUCGGGUGGUCCAAUGCUUCUCAUAUCGCCACAGAAACAAUUCAUACUUGGUUCUCAGACCGUGCAAAAAUCUACAGCGAAUAAUGUGUCGCAGACACUGUCAUUACCUUCUACGUCUGGUCAGGUGACGAAUAUUCAAAAACCUGUAGCGCAACCAAAGGACCAAGUGUAUCUUCGUGCAUCUGCACCAAAUCUUGGUAAAAGUGUGGACUUUCCUGUAUUAAAAGGACAAAAUGUGGAAAAUAUUUUCAAGUUUCCCAAUACAUCUGUAAAUAACUCUAAUAUUCAACAAACAUCUGUGCAAGGUGUUGCUAAUAAUGCCAUGAAUUCUCAUGUGGUGCCAAAAGGUGGUACUGGUUUGCAAGUAGGAAAUAGAACGACAAUAACUACAAAUUCAGAAAUCCCAUAUUCAAAUUUAAAACCAAGUUUACAAACAACUGUAACUCAGUCUCCAGCAAAAUCACCAACAACUCCACAGAAAUUGUUUUUGUACAAUAUAAAUGGACAGUUGGUGACAGCUCAAGGUGUACCUGUUACUGUAGACAAUGGUAUACUGAAAAUAUUACCGCAACCUAAAAUCCAAAUGUCAAAUUUCAACUUGCCGAAAAGUCCACCUGCUGCCUCAAAACCUCAUGGCAAUGUACCGAUUUCACCAAAACCAGGACAGCCAAUUGUCAAUACACAGCAGGCUUAUUUGAAUGUUCUCUCAAGUACAAAUAGUGCUCUGUCAUCAGCAUCAUUACCACAGUAUUCUAAAAGUCAGACUUUACCAGGUCUAGGUCAAAAUGUGUCAGAUUCACUUCCCACCAAUCAGUUCUUGGCAGGAAUAGGAACGCAGCAGCCGAAAUCUGUUGUCAGGAAUUUGAAUUCAAAUUUAACCUUUGUGACAUCAAAUUGCACUGCUAGUAGUAAUAUGAAACAUAAUAUGGCUGUUUCAAAUUCUACAGCCGGACAAAACAUGAAUGUUAGCGGAAUGUUACCACAUGAUUCCAUCAAUACAAAACCGUCUCAUCGAUUUGUUGUUAUGCCAGAAACUGGUGGACAGACACAAAUUGUAUUUCCUCAACCAAACAUUCAUUCCAGUAAGGCUUUAGUAAACACUGUACAUAGUGCAUCCUCGUCCAUUAUGUCAUUGUCAUCUGCCAACUCGCCAAUCGUAGCAGUCCAGACUGCAUCACCAUCCGUCAAUUCACAGAUCAUCAAAAAGUCAUUUGUACAAAGUUCACCGGUCAUUUCCAGUCAGACUUCGAAAGUAAUUAAUGCAGCACAAAAAUUUGUUAACUCCGUCAAUAUGAAUCAUCAUAAUAAUAUAAACGGUCAAAAUGUUGUCACGACUAAUCCCGCUACAGUUAAAAACACGACCAAAUCCAACAGUAGCAGCACUGUGGAUGCAGAAGAGGCGGCACUCAACUUGUUAUCAUUAGCCAAUCAGAGAUUCUCAUCUUAGUAUGCCUAAAAUAUUCAGUGUAUUAUAACAUGGUAGCAAUAGUGGUGAUUUAUUUUUGUUUCUUUGUGUUUGGACGGUACUGUAAAUUCAGAAAUAGUUGUGUGCAUUUAUUAAUGAAAUAUUUGAUCAUCCAUUAUAAAGUUUGCUAGAUUAACUAUGGGAAUUCAGGAAUCGCUGCAUACAAAUAGUGCUAUCAUGAAUGUGCUACUCAUAUUAAUUCUUUUCCAUAUUAGCAAAUACAUCAUACAAUUUCUGAGUUUACAGAACUUUUUUGGAUUCCAAUUUUCAUGACUCGUAGGAAAAUUUUCAGUUCUUUCUUUCCAAUUUCAUGGUUAUUAGACUUCAAAAACUAUAGAUUUGCAAAUUAAUGUAUGAUUGAUGCAAAUGAUCAAAAUUUUAUGACCUAUGAAGUUGAUUAAUGAUACUUGUGUAUAACUAUAUAUUUUUUUAAGUUAUAUAUGAUGAAAUAGACUGUGCAUAUAAUUAUUUUCUUUUUUUCUAAUUUAUUAUUAAAUUUUCAUGUCAGGUGUUAAAAAAGGUAAAAACUUCAUGAAGACAAUGUUUUUUAUGGUGAAAAUAGCAACCAUGAUAACAUAAACAUUCCAAAUAAAUAUAGGAAAUUUAUUAAGAUUGGAACACAAAAUUAUCACUUUUACAAAUUCCUCGUCUUACAUGUCUAAAGUUUAAGUUAGAUUCAUUGGUAACGACAAUCAUAGGAAAUUGUUUGAUACAUUAGUUGUUACCAGUAUCACGAUCUGUACUUUAUCCAUAUUUUCUUGUAAAUUGCAAUUUAUUUUCUGCAACUGGUCAACUGACCAAGCAAUAUUAAUUUCAACACCAUUUCAUUUUUAAUAGGUUUUUAUUAAAUAGAAAUUGACCAACUGCAGGAAGUUAUGGACUAGGUAGAAAUGUUUGCAAAGGGAGAUAAUAUCAUGUAAAGUAUCAUUUAAAUGUAUAUGACUGCUUUCUUGGAAAACCACAACAUUUUCUCAGUUUAUGAAAAUUGGUGUCCAUGAAAUUUGUUAAUCCACAGUAUUUCAGUGUAAAAUUCUUGAAUGGGCAUUAUUAUUAGUUCUAGUUCUUAUCAAUGUCAUUUGUAAAUACAUUGUAAACUGAAAAGGCUAUUUUGAUAUAAAUCUAUUCCAAGUUUCAGAAUCCAAAGGAUGAUGGGUAAUUUCACUGUUUGUACACCAAAAUGAAAAUGCUGUCACAUCAUUGGUUAAAUAUCAAUUGUUUUGGAUAUUAUUAGCCAAUGAUAACACUUUUUGAGUAGCUUUUUACACUAUCACCCAUCAUGUGGGUAAUUUCAUUGUUAGUACAUCAAAAUGAAAAUGCUGUAAUUUCACUGUUUGUACACCAAAAUGAAAAUGCUGUCACACCAUUGGUUGAAUAUCAAUUAUUAAGGAUAUUAUUAGCCAAUGAUAACAUUUUUUGAGUAGCUUUUUACAAAAUUACCCAAAAUCCUUUAGAUACAGAAAUUGGGAAUUUGUUAUGUUACUGAAUCAUCGGAAGGCAUUUUUGUCAAUUUUCUGAGUUUUCCAUUGCGUUAAAUUCAGUACUAUUCUGACACUUCCCUUUGAGUUUAUUAUGAUCUGUGCCAUGUAUUUUCAAAAUGUUCAGUAUAGUUGUUGUUUUAUGUUUUUUGAAAAUCGAAGACUAAUUUUAAAAUGCAUAACACAUGACUUAACAGAUCUGGGUUGACUGCAAGUGUAAUGUCUUAACAGUACUGAUUUUUAUGCAAAAAAAAAAAUCUGAAAGAGAUCUUAAAUGUUAAUUAGACCUUCCAUUCUUAUGUUCAGACAUUUCCGAUCACUUUAGGUCAAGAUUGCCAGUUCAGUCCUAACACAUGGAUGUCCUGGAAGGUAUGCACAUUUAUCAUAUAUAUGAGUAGGAGUAUGUUUUUUUCUGUUGCAGAAUGAGAUAUUCAAUUUUUGUAUAAAGUUAUGAAAUUCACAUUAUACUAUUUAGUGCUUUCAAAGUGUUUGUUUGCUUACUAUUUGUUUGAUGCAAAUUGUUUAUUUUAUUUUUUGUUGAAUCUAUCGAUAUUUAAUAUUUUUAAGUAAACGAAAACCUUUUUUUUUUCAAAGUUUAAACUGGUGAUUCUUAUGAUACUGGAAAUAAGUAAAAUGAUGUGUCCAUUCAUUAAUGCAAAUCAUGAAAAGUUUAAUAAAGUUAAAAACCGAUUUGAUUACUAUGCUCGGAUAACAUUAAAUGUAUGAAUGUUAGGAUCAAAAUGCUAGUUUUAAAUGGUGUCAUCUGAACCUCAUUACACUUUUCUCAUUGAUCAAAACAACAUUUUAAUUUCUGAAUAUUCAGUAUGUAUAUAUAUAUACAUAACCACAGCUUGUAAAAGAGUGGUCAAUUAGACUUAUGGUUUGACAAAAAAAAUGGUUGGAAUUGAUUUUGAAUUAUGGGUUGAAUCAAGUAAGAUUUUAUUCUUGAUGGACUGUUUUGUUCUGGUUUGAUGUUGAAAUUCAAUAUUUGUACAGGUGUAGAGAAAAAAAGAAUCCUUUUCUUUUUGCAUCAAGUUUUAACUUCACAAAUAUAAGUAACUAAUUUAAUUGGAAUAUGAAAUUUGUAUAUAUUUCAAAGUUUUUGCAUUAUGACGGGUAAUAUAGAAAAUUGAUAUUUCUGUAUUUUUUUCGUUUGUAGUAAUUUAAUAGAACAUUCUUUCAACUUGUGAUUUUAAUGUACUCUCUGAAGACUUCUUGUUUGGUAUAAGAAACAUAAAAAGAAAAAUAUCAUUGAAUGAAUUAGGUUUUAUUAAAAUGAUCAUUUAAACAGUUUUUGAAUGAUAAAAGAUGAAAUAGCAAACAUGCGAUAUUCAUUUUUUUUCAUGAGAAAAAGUGUGCAUGAAUGGGUUAUUUUCGCAGAGAUAUAAAUUUAGCAAUUUAUGAUUUAAAACUUCUUUACAUACUUCUGUUUUCACAUUUUUUCUUGUUUCUGACUCUCAUCUUUCUUAAAUAUCAAAUUUAUGUUAUAUCUUGUCUGCAAAAUUAAUGAAAAUAUCUCACUUUGCAGUAAUUGGGUUUUCCCCUGUAUUAUAUUUGAUUUCUUCUGUGUGGUAGAAUUAAUGUAAUGAAAGUGCUUACAAUUGUGUGCCAGUGCCAAUGAAAUGAAUGAUAUUUGAACAGGCUAUGUUCAUUCAGUUUUUGCAAAGUUAUAUGUAUGUACAUGAUGUAACAGCCUUUUUCUAUAAUUCUGUAAAUAAGUUAUUUGCCAUGGACUUAUUUUAGUUUCUUGUCAUUACAAAGAAUUUGAAAAGUUCAUUGGAAACCUGGAUUGAUAGUUGUAUAUGAAAUUUGUUGCCUGUAAAAUUAAUUUCUUUGCAGUAUUCAGUGUUAUUAUUUUUUCUUCAAAACUGACCAUUACCAAAACAAUAUGAUACUUUUGGAGUAUUAUAAAUGCUGUAAGAAUACAUAUUUUUCCACAAAGUCUCCUUAGCAAUAUGAUAGUUGCUGAUAAAAAUUUCUCACUGUUACCAUUUUUUUUUCAAUCAUCCAGACCAGUGUAGACAAUUCACUGUUUCAGAAUCUGAUGCAUUCCGGGAAAUAUUUUCAAAAAUGUACACCAAAGCAUUGUGAUAGGUUAAAAAUGUCCUAAACAAUUGAAAUUCCACCAAUGACGUGAUGUUAUUGUCAUUUUGAGGUACGAACAAUAAAAUUUACCCAUAGUCCUUAAGAUUCUGAAAUGGUCAAUUCAGAAUGCCUGUUUGAUGUAAUUCAUAAUGGAUUACCUAUUGAGGUCAUGUAGAUGAUCUUUACUUGUUCAUAAGUGUUUGGUUUAAUUUGAAGAUAAUGAUAAUCUGUAGGUAAAGUUGUUAUAUUUUUAAUAUUUUAUCACUACUGUAGAAAAAUUUUUGGUGUUUUAUGCAGUGAUCGAUCUGGUAAAAUGUUUUACUUUUUGAUAUUCUAAGAUUUUUGUUAAAAUAAGUAUCAAUUCACACAACAAGAAAAUGGUUUGUACUUGAAAUUGGGAAUGUCAAUGAAUCUAAAAUGUUUGGUUUUCAAGAAAACUUUCUAUUGCUAAGAAUUAUUUUUUAUGUCGUUCCAAAGUUAUGGUAGUGCUUUUAUGAAUAAUACACUAUUUUUCUCAUGUUGAAUUAUGAUCUUGAGUCUUGAUAAAGUGUUAAAGAAUUUUAUUGCAAAAAAUUUUAACUGUUGAAAUCUAACACAAAUAGAUUAAUUCAGCUAAAUUUACUUAACAUUUUCUUUAUUUUAAGUAUGCAGUCUAAUCAAAAUUGUGGUAUGAUAAUUAUAAGUUUUAAAAAAAAUUCAAAUCAUUGAGUUAUUAAUUUUAUUUUUGAAAAUUUAAUGUUACUAAAAAAACAAGAGACAUUAAGUAGUCAACAUACAGUCUUCAGCAAAAGACAUGAUUCUAUCCAAUAUAUCAGUCUUGGAAGGUCUUGAUUAAAUUGAACGCAGACUAAUGCUUAUAUUCACUAUUCUUUAAAAGUAUAAUUUUGGCAGUAAUUUUGCACAAAAAAAGUAUGAUAAAUAGAAAGAAUACUUUAUUGGAGCUUGGACAGUAAAGUUGUAACAGGCAAUCUGAAGAAUAAAGUUGUUUAAAAAAAAAAGUAAAUAGAAAGUGCCAAAAAUGUGUCGCAUAUUGUUGACUGGAAAUCAUUGUUCAUUUUAAUCUCACUUUAAAAAUAGUUGAAAUGAACCUGCUGAAACCAACCAUACAUCAUAACAUUAAAAAUAUGUCAAAUGGUCAUACUAAAAACACCAAUCUUAAGUUAUGAACAUUAUGUUAUUGUUUCAAAUUGCUUUUACUGUAUUGAUAGUUUGUUUAAGUUUUGUAUAAAUGAUGUGGAAACAUUAUAAGGAAUAAUGUUUUUUGAAGUUUCUAAUUGUUUUACAUGUAAAUACUGAAUGCUGAGUUAAGUUAAAAAUGAAUGAUUGUACAAAGUAUGUUAUUUAAAACUGAAAUUGAAAUAGAAUCUUAUCAUCAUC